AUGCAAUUAUUCGCUUUUACUCAAGUACUCCUCCUUUUUACCUUCCUUCAAGGAACUUUAUGCUUGCCAGCGCCGGCGCCGCAACCAUUUGAUCUCCAAGGCGAGACCUCAAGCCCAAACUCUGCUCUUGAGGCCAGAGCUACUCUCGAGAAAAGAGAUAGUUGGGAUUGUAAAGGAUCUGGCAUGUGCAGUACCGUUCCCCAAGAGACCUGCUUGACGGCCCUCAACGCCUUUAAGACCAAUGAUAUCUUCUGGAAGGAGAAGAGAAGAUGGGUUAAAUACGACGCAUUCGUUAAUGGUCACUGCCUUGCCAUGUGGACUUGUUCAAACCCUCAAGAUUAUGUUUCAGCAGGAAACUCAGGCGUUUCACGAGGUUACUCUCUUGUUGAUAAGGCUCUUUCUAUCUACAGUAAGAACGGCGGGAACUGCAAAAAGUGUGGAUCUGUUUGGUUCUGGGGAUCCUGCAGAUUCACUUUCAACUACUGCAGCGGAAACUGCGAUGGCUAA